UCUGGUAGUCUGGGAAACCCGUGGGCGAAUUUCCCUUUUUCCGCUUCUCGUCUUCUCUACCUGCUGCGUAGCAGCUUAGCGAGCGCGCCGGGCGGCUAUGGCCUCCAUGACUUGCCCCCGGCUCUCCUUCUUCCCCGCCCGAACCCGCUCCGCCUCCGGCGCCGUCGCCUCCCCCUCUUCGUCCUCUCCCUCCCCGUCACCUCGCCACUCCCUCAAAUGCAGCAGCGCCACUAACUCCAACUCCGCCCCACUCCCUUCUGCCUCGCGGCCCCGGCCGACCGUGGCGGACGGCGUAGGGUCCGCGGACCUCAAAGGCCUCCGGGCCCCGCCUAUACCUGUCGCGGACUCCCCUGUCCCCGUGUACCGCGAUCCCCACGGGCUGCCAAGGCCGCUCACGAAUGCGGACCUUAUGGAGACGAGCGGGGAGGGCCUCAAGGUGGCCUACCAGGGCUUCCCUGGAGCGUACAGCGAGGCGGCGGCGAAGAAGGCAUAUCCCAAUUGCCAGACCGUGCCCUGCGAGCACUUCGAUACUGCAUUUCAGGCUGUUGAAAACUGGAUAGUUGAUAGGGCUGUGCUGCCACUUGAGAAUACAUUGGGUGGUAGCAUACAUCGGAACUAUGACCUUUUACUUCGGCAUGGGUUGCACAUAGUUGGAGAGGUUCGCCUUGCAGUUCGGCAUUGCUUGUUAGCCAAUCGUGGCGUGAAGAUUGGAAACCUAAGCAGUGCCAUGAGUCAUCCCCAGGCUCUUGCGCAAUGUGAGCAUACAUUGACAGAGUUGGGAAUUGAACAUAGACAAGCUGUUGAUGACACUGCUGGUGCAGCAAAGUUUGUCGCAGAACAAAUGCUCCAAGAUACCGGUGCUAUUGCCAGUUCAUUAGCUGCUGAACUUUAUGGACUGGAUAUUCUUGCUGAAAAUAUUCAGGACGAAAAAGUCAAUGUCACCCGUUUUAUGAUGCUUGCUCGAGAACCUAUUAUACCUCGUACUGAUAAACCAUUCAAGACUAGCAUAGUGUUUUCACUUGAAGAAGGACCUGGGCAGCUCUUCAAGGCACUUGCAGUUUUUGCACUGAGGGAAAUCAAUCUCACCAAGAUAGAAAGCCGCCCGCACAAGAAAAGGCCUUUCCGUAUAGCUGAUGAUACCUUCUCCACACCCAUCAAGUACUUCGACUACCUAUUUUAUGUUGACCUCGACGCAUCGAUGGCCGAUCCAAAAACUCAGAAUGCUCUUGGAAAUUUGAAGGAGUUUGCAACCUUUUUAAGAGUCCUGGGGAGCUAUCCUACAGAUGUGAGCGAAGCCUGAAUAGCAAAUACCUACUGCAAAUCAGAUCCUAGAUUAGAAAGGAUGAAUCAUUAUGGGCGGGUAAUCCUGCAGCCAGUUGAAAAGUCAGCAACACCAAGUCAACUUGUGCUACAUCAGAUCGACAAGCUGCAUAGUGUGGUUUUUGCUUUCUACUCAAUGGUCCCAUGGGACAUGGGGAUAUCAUGUAUCCUGUAGCUUGUGUUCUGUAAGCUUAACCUUCUUUUACAUCCAGUUAUAUGAGAGCAAACUAGUCAUGUUCAGAUACAGAUAGAGCUCAACAAAGUGUUGAAUGCUUGUAGGUGUUGGAUAUAUGCGGAGGAGUUGUUUUCUUUUUCUUUUUUUUUGCCUUUAGGGACUGGUCAAACCGUUCAGUCAUUGUGGUGCCUAACAGGCUUGUAAGCUAUUUGUUGUAGUAUUAACACCUGAGCAAUUCGCUCCGUUGUUAAUUGUUGCUCCUUACCAAGCUUGGCUGAGAGAGGCCUUUUCGUGUUGA